UUUGGUUUUGAGAACUGCAGCCGAGUCGGAGACAAAUCAUCAAAGUCCUCUUUCAGUCUUUCAUGUUAUCGGAUAUUACCCAGGCACUCUUGUUAUCAUACAUUUAUAUCACUCCUGGCGCAUUUUGCCAUUAAUCUGAGGUGUUUGUAAUGAGAAAAGUUGCGUUUUAUCGAUGGAGUGCCCUCACUUGAAUGAAAGUAUUGUGUUCACAGCGCCCUCUACGAAAAACGGAUGUCCGCCCUCUCAGUGGUGUUGUUCAGUAUGUGAAACCGACCGAAGUCCUUGGUUAUGCCUCACUUGUGGCAUUGUCAACUGUGGCAGAUAUGUGCAUGGCCAUGCUGUCCAACAUUUUGAAAAAGACCAUCAACAUUGUGUGUGUCUAGAUUGCAACAGCUACGCUGCUUACUGUUACAGCUGUGAUGAGUUCAUCUUGAAUGACACAGAGUCCAAACAAAUCGACUGUGCUAGGAAGAUACUUCAAGAACUAGAAGAAUUAAAUGCUCAAUCUGAUUUCGAAAGUGAUGCCUGGGUAUCAGAUGCUGUGUCUGUUGAUGAUGUUCCGGGUGAUUUGGAGUGUAAAGACACUUACAGAACAGUUAUCAUCGGUGUUCCACAAGAUUCCUGUUGUGCUCAAAAAUUGGAAGACGUACAAAGUUGUGGGGGGUCCCCUGUAACACCUAGUUAUGGAGGGACAUCAGAGUCUGUGGUGUCAGGUUGUAGAGGCACUGACUGUGGCGAGUCCUCGGUGCAAAAUAGUGGGGAACCCUGUCAGCCAAGUCACGAGGCUUCCUCUAUUCUGCCAAGUUGUGUAGGGUCAUCUGUGAUUGAUGUACCAUUACCAGACAAAAGCACCAUUCCUCUUGUCUUGAAGAAAGAUAUAGUGCUGAGGGAUGUAAUGGAGGAUAAGAUUGGCUUGCCUUGCUCCUUUAUAGGCAGGGAUUCCACACAUAGGGGUUCGGCAAGCAAAGAAAAUCGAGAGGUGAAGGACAGUAAUCAAGAAAACAGGGAUAACAAUCAAGAAAAUAAGCAUGACCUGAGGAGAAGGAAGUCCACAGAGGCUGCUGAAAACAAUAAAAAGAGGCUCAAAACUGAUGAUGGUGCUAAGAUGAUUCGUCCUCGAACAUCGGGGUUGCGUAACCUUGGGAACACAUGUUUUAUGAAUGCAGUGCUACAAUCACUAAGUAAUAUUCAGCAUUUCUGUGGAUAUAUCAAACAGCUUCCUUCCCUAGAGAGUAAAUUGCCGAAGAAACGACCAACUAGGAAAAUGACCAGAGAAAGUAACAGUGAAGAAAUAAUGCUAGUAGAAGAACUAAGGAAAACGUUGGUAGCAUUAUGGCAAGGAAGUAAAACAGCCAUUUCACCGGAAUCACUAUUUAGUGUUAUAUGGAAAGUUGUCCCUAGGUUUAGAGGUUACCAGCAACAAGAUGCUCAUGAAUUCAUGCGUUACCUGCUUGAUCGUCUUCACACAGAACUGCUGACAUUACUACCUUACCCCAAUCUCAACAGUCCAUUCAUUGGUCCUAAAGGCAAGAGUACCAUAGUCACAGCGAUCUUUGGAGGCAUUCUGCAGAAUGAAGUCAGGUGUCUUAUAUGUGGCAUAGAAUCAAAGAAACAUGAUCCAUUCUUAGACUUGUCGUUAGAUAUUCCACCUCAUUUUACUGCAAAAACACCCAAGCCAAAGGAGGGCGAGUCCUUGUGCACACUACAAGAUUGUCUAAAGAGCUUCACAGAUGUCGAGGAGUUGGAAGAGUCUGAACUUUACAUGUGCAGUAACUGUAAACAAAAACAAAGGUCAACAAAGAAGUUCUGGAUCAGGAGGUUGCCAAAUGUUCUAUGUCUGCACUUGAAGCGGUUUCGAUGGAGCACUUACUUCAGAGUAAAGGUUGAAACCUAUGUUCAAUUCCCCCUUCGAGGCCUAGAGAUGACCAGAUAUGUCCUCAAUAACUUGCAUGAGACGCGAGGCAAUUCAACUGGAAGCAAUGGCUAUGAUCUAGCAGCUGUAAUCGUGCAUCAUGGUUCAGGCGCUGGCUCGGGGCAUUACACUGCCUAUGCUACACAUGAAGGCUUAUGGUACCACUUCAAUGACAGUACAGUGACUGUCUGUGAUGAGGAGACUGUCGUGCGCUGCAAGGCAUACAUCUUAUUCUACGUUAGAAGACAAGUCAAACUACCUGAGCAUCUAAGUGGUUCCGAGAGGCAUUGAGUCGUCGAUGCUUGACUAUUGUAUAUUAAUGGCUAUAAAUGUGAUAAUGGAUCUUGUGGGUGUGUUGGUCGCCGUGAUAUCAUUGGAGUAUCAUCUAGUUACAGUUUAACAUCAUUUUCAAUCGCUGGCAUCUUUUCACAUUUGUUGGGCAGAAAAGAAAUCAAAGCUGAAAUCGUUUUGGUUUGAAUAGAGCCUGUGCCUACUCUACUGAUGUGAGUGUCUCAGAUAUAUGGCUUGAAUGCUUUCUGCUGUGCUUUUCGUGGAAUAAGUUGAUCUAAGGGGAGAAGUUUAUUGGAGUGAAAUGAUUAAAAGAUGCUAGUGAUUGAGAAUGCAUAAACUUAGCUACAUCAGCAUUUUCAUAGCAUUGAUCGAUAUGAUAGAUGUGUACAUGUCAUUUAGUUCAAAUGGCCUUCUGCUCAUUGUAAACUUUGGUUAGGAAGAUCGUCAGGUAUUCUAAUGUCACGAGUUCAUGAAAUCAGUCAAGACUAGUUGAUAUAUUUGUGCUAAGUUAAAAAAACAUCUUAGUGAAAAAAGGGUAACUUCACCAGUGGUGCAUCCAAGUUAAUGUGCUUGUAGGGAUCUAGAAGUGAUAGAGUGUUUGUUGAGUUCUUCUGUGUCGAUUUGCAAGUGUUGUAGUAAAAAACAUUUCAGGUUGAAGUUGCAGUAAAGCCUGUCAUCUACUGUUGUAAUUUGGCUGGUGUCAGAGUUGAGAUUGCUUGUAUUCAGGCCAAUUUGCGGUUCAACAGGGUCGACUGGAACUGCUGACACGUGCAAUUGCCAUUUGACCUGAGGUUCCUAGAAAUAACAUCUCUUUCGCAACUCUGCGCAAGCAUAAAUUGUGACAGUUGACUCCUGCAAGUAGCUACUGUGAGCAGUAUAACACAGCACAUACUUUCAUAUUGCUGCCUGCUCUAAACUUGACCUGUAGUGAAAGCUAAGCUAGUGGCCACCACUGUUGACACCCUGAGUGGUGUUGAAUUGUUGUUGUAGACUAGUAGUGCACUGUGAGUGCUAUCAUGCUUAAUGUGCUUCAAUCAACAUACAGGGAGUCUGUGCUAAUCUCAUUGUCAGCAUAAGAUAUCAAGUAUUGAUGUUUUCGGUCGUACAGGAGUAAGGUAAGGUGAUACAGUUAUAGCAUCUGUGUUUCAAUGUCUGCGGCAAGCUGUUCUCUACACUGUCAGGGCUAUAAUGUUACCACUUUACCUUACCUUCUGUAACUCCUCUUCAUGAUUGGUAAAUCAUACAUGUGAGCUUUUCUUCGAGCAGUCCCCUUGGGCUGUUAGUUGUAUUUUUGGUGAUUGCCUUUGGCGAAGUCUCAGUUAUUGUAACCUCUUCACAUGAAACAAUGAAGAAAUCUUUGUUUCAUCACAUAUACAUGUAAUUCAUAUGUCAACUUAAUUUAUUUGGGAAAAUUUAAUAAUGCUACCUUUAACAACAACUCUGUGCUAAUUUAAUUUUCCGAAAUUUCUUAUUGAAAUGCUUAGCUAUUUACCAAUUUGUGCUACUGUUGUACUUUACCAGAAGAGAACAGUCUGUUUUGACAUGAUUUAUCCUAUUUGGACUUUGAAACUUAGUUUUGAAUUCAAAUUAAAUCAUUAAAAUACGAAAGUUUUCUUUAGAAAAUUUCAGUUUUCAUGAAAUGGACAACAGGAGUUAUAAAGCCUACUUGUACAGGACUUUUGAUGUCAUCAAUUCAAGUCUAUCACUAAGUGUUCGUCUCACUAGUACGUGUAACUUCUCUAAAUUUGCCAUCAGUCCUGAAAAAAGGAAGGUGUUUGUUCACAGGUGCUUACGAUAAUGAGUGGAAAAGAAGAAGUCAUUGUUGUUAAUGGAGGACCAGGGCUUUUCAACUUCAGUAAGUGUUUGGGAAUCAAAUUUCCUGUCGUUUAGUUCAGAUUAUGGGCUUCUAACAAAACAUACCACAAAACCUUUAUUGGUUGCAGUGCCUAAAGAACUUCUCUGGUUUUCCUGGAAAGAGCAGUUGGGAAGUCACCGCUGUCCACCUUCAUUCUAUCACACUAAACACUAUACAUAUCACAAAGUGUCCAUUUCAUACACUUUCAAUUUGAUCAACUUCAUCAUUUCAAAUAUUUGCUUCCUCCUUAUCAUUUCAAUAUGUACAGUACAUUUGCAAUUUGUCACCUUGCAUGCUCUUGAGGGGCUGGUCGCCAAUCUGGUACAAUUAUGACCCCUGUACAGUUACAGCUGCUGUGCAUAAAUGUGCACUGCUAGCUGGUUUCUACACAGUUUUCUAAUUGUACCAUGGCUGUAAUUGUACCACCUUUUUCCUGAUGUCUGCUGCUUGUGAAAACCGCACGGGGAAUUGAACAUUGUGCCUGGGGUCAACCAGCCUUUAAUCUACACUUCCAAACUGCAUGCCUCAAGAUAGAGUGCACAGAGAAAAUUGGUGAUGUCUACGAUAUCAAUUGGAUAGAUUUCUAAUAAACAUCACUUGGUUGGUGUUUGGUAGAUGACUCCUCGGCAUCUAUCUAACAAGAUGACUCAUUGACCUCACCAGAUUUCCCUGUGUGCCUUCUGAUGUCUGUCAACUCCUGGUGAGACCCAGGAUCAUCAGGUUGUCUCUCCAGCUGGUCUGGCCCUGGUCCCCUCAGUGAACUGUAGUUGGAACUCACUAUGCUGUGCAUUUUGUUUCAUCCCAUCAAAGUUGAUUCAAGAUUGAAGUAAUAAACUGAUAACAUGCAGA